AUGAAUAAGGAAUCCCAUUUAAUUGAGAUUGAAAUGAAUUCCGAGUUUACUGAAUUUAACCGGGAAAAACUUCUUGACCAUGUCUUCAAUGAAUCCGGAAUUGAUCCAUCAUCCUUCUUUCCAAUCAACACCGUUCACUUUACGGAAGAAGCUAGCAAAGCUGCCAGUAUUGUCACUUAUGGUUAUAUUGAAAUUGACUCAGGAAAAUCCCUUCCACUCUUCAAUGACAAAAAUUUCCGCUCCAGAGUCAUCACGAAAUGCGUCCACUGCACUGCAUGUGGUUCCCGUGAACACACUCGUUUUGACUGCAAGACGUCAUCUUGUGCCAUUUGCAAGAAAUUAUCCCAUAGGGCAAAAGAUUGUUAUUUCAAAAAGCAACAAAGAGCACCUAUUGUGAAUCCGGAAGAUCCAGAAAAACACUCUCCGAAACAAAAUUCUGGAAAAGCAGUCAAACCAAACCACAAAUUAAACUAUGGUUUUCAGACUGUCGAAAAAAGAAAAAUAAAACUGAAUAAACCGGCUACUCCAGAAUAUUCUAAACCACAUUCAAACCCUUUCGACUAA